CAGUACGUCACAUUUCAAGAUGGUGGGGGUAGCUAUUCCGCUGGUUGUGGUGACACUUUUCUGGCUGAUCAUCGGCGCUGGAGUGCCGUGGGCCAUCCCUAAAGGACCUAACAGAGGAGUCAUCCAGACAAUGAUAGUGACAACUGCAGUAUGCUGUUAUGUGUUUUGGUUGGUAGCAACUCUAGCCCAGCUGAAUCCCCUGAUUGGACCCCAGCUGAAGAAUACGGUCAUCCAGUACAUCAAGUGGCAGGAGACAGAAGGAUAGGUAUGGACAUCAGUGGAGGUCAUGUGCAACAGAGGGCAGCAUAACUUUCAGAUGGGAAGAUUCUGCAAAUAUUAACACUAUCUUAGACUUACCAGAAGAAAGCUGCUUGAGACUCCAGGUGUGAAAUUUAUGGAAAGUGUGGAUUAGUAGUGAGGAUUGAUUUCAAGUAGUCACAUCACCCUUCCAAACAUUCUAAAUAUUAUUAUUAAGACAUUUUAUUUGGUACAGUACCGUCUGCCAUAAUUUGAUAAAGUUAACUAUGGAAUGUACUUUUGAGGUUCUGUAAUGCUUAAAAGUCAGUAUGUAAUAUUUGUAAUAUUUAUACUGAGUUGUAUUGAUGAGUGAGUUCCAAAUAUGAUGGUUAAAGUCUUUACUUUCUGUUGGUAAGUUGCAGAAUAUCUAUCAAUGCACAUUUACAAGUGUGAGAUCAACUCAACUUUGUUUAAAGGUACACAGAAAGACUGGGCAUUGUAAUAGCGUUAUAUGGUUAUGCUACAUGUAGGUACUCUUUGUAUGUGCUGUAAGCUGUAAGCUGAAAAUGGUGAUUAUGAUGUUUUGUGUUAGAUCUAUCAACAAGGUCCAUGUCUGUACUAUCAGGCUCAGAAUCAAGUUG